AGGGCAGAGUUCUGGAAGGGUCAAAGGGAAGAGUCCACAUAUCAGCUGAUUCUAAUUCCAUCCUCUGCUCUCUCCCCUCUGAGGAUGGUCUUCAAGUCCAGGUUUCCUAUCCCUUGUAGAAGGAGCAGAGCCUCAGAUGGAUCUUUCUAGCCAUCUGGAGUGGGCUUGGCUGGCCCUACUGAUGGGGAGAUAGGGGAGCAGGGCAGGAGGAUGGGGCUCUGUCUCACUCUUGCGGGUGAAAACUGCACUCAUCCAGUGAAGAGGAUCCGGCUGGCAGGCCAGGCAGUGCCAGGGCCAAGUGCACACAGCUUCAGGGCCCAAAGUUCUUGCCUCGAAUGGACUGGGGAUGUGCCGUCAGACCUCAGCUCAGGAGGCUGUCACAUGCUCUACCAGCCUGCCCCAGCCAGAGGUAGCAGUGUCUUCACAGGAUCACACCCACCAUCCGGUCCACUCCAGCAGGACCAGAGAGGAGGAAGAGGAGGAGGAGAAGGGAGCCCCCUCCAUGCCCCAAGUCAGUGGGCCACCGUCUCUACAGGCCUUGAGCAGCACUGACCUCAUCAGUCUCCCUCAAGCUGUGACAUGUCAGCCGCAGGGUCUCUCCUCAACCCGGGGACCCCCUGGCCACAUCCCACUGCUGCACAAUGGCACCAGCAGCUCCCCGAAUCUAGCUGGGACCAGACGCUCAGGGAACGGAGCCUUCGAGGGUUCCCGGACCCCCAGGAAGCCACAGACACCCACCUCCCUCCUGGCCCACGGCGGCAGGAAGCGCAAGGCCAGCACCAAGCCUGCCACCUCCCAGGUCCCCAUCGAGGCCCAGGAAGACUGCUGCGUCCACUGCGUCCUGACCUGCCUGUUCUGCGAGUUCCUGGCCCUCUGCAACAUCCUGCUGGACUGCGCCACCUGCGGCUCCUGCAGCUCCGAGGACUCGUGCAUUUGCUGCUGCUGCUGCUGCUGCGGCUCCGGAGAGUGUGUCGACUGCGACCUGCCCUGCGAUAUGGACUGCGGCAUCGUCGACGCCUGCUGCGAGUCGGCCGACUGCCUGGAGAUCUGCAUGGAGUGCUGCGGGCUGUGCUUCUCUUCCUGAGGUCCCCGGUUUGGGGGACCUCCAGCAGCCAGGCCUGAAGAGGAGCAAGAUGUAGGCCCUGGGCGGGGUCAGCCUGGAACCAGCAGUGGGGCCGGCUGGCCCGACAGAGUGACCGAAGCCCACCCAGCUCCCCAGCCUAAUACUCCUGGAGUGGGAGGGUGGAGGUGGGCCAGGUUUGGCUCUAUGACACUGUGAAUGCCCAUUAAGGGGGGCCAAGGCAAGAGGGCCUAACUCCAGCAACCCAGUAGUGCCAACUAGCCAGAGGCCAAAUAGAUGUGAAGUCCCUCACUAGCCACCACUCUGCUUGCUGCUCUGGAGACAGCAAGGCCUUUGUCCAGCUCCCCAACCAGCUUGGGGCCUGUCCUGGGGGCUGGCAAGGAGAGAGGAGUGAGUGGACCCCGAAGGGGUGGAAGUUUAUCUG